CAAGUUUAAACUGCACCACUUUAGAUUCCUCGCGCUCGUGUUCUGUUCGGAGAGACGAAGACGACGUCACACAUUUUAUCGGUGUUGCUUUUCACUUUGUCAUACAUGUCGUGAACAAUUCACGAGUAGAGCUGUCGCAGCUCCAUUACCGCAGCAAUGGACUCGUUCGAGAAACAUGGGCUCGAUGAGGACGCAUUCGGCGACAAGGGUAUAUCAAGUCUACGUACCUUUGAUGCAUUCCCAAAAACAAAACCAAACUAUACGUCGUCCACGGCGCGUGGCGGGCAAUGGACCCUCGCCAUCAUCAUCCUCUGCACAUGCCUCACCUUUUCCGAGUUGCGAACGUGGUGGACGGGCACCGAGACGCAUCACUUUUCUGUCGAGCGGGGAGUCGGGCACGAACUUCAGUUGAACCUGGACGUGGUGAUCGCCAUGUCCUGCGCCGAUUUACACGUCAACGUGCAGGACGCGGCCAUGGACCGCAUCAUGGCCGGGGACCUGUUGACGAAAGAGGACACGAAUUUUGGGGUGUGGACGGACCCGCGGAAGCGACGGCGGCAGCAACGCCUGCACGAGUCCAAGGCCGACCGGGAGCGCAAGAGGGCCGAGGAGGAAGAUUCGCACGUCUCGCACGUCCUGGGGCACAUGAGGGAGAACGCGGCUCGCAAGUUCCCCAAAUCCCCCCGGGUGCCUCGCGGCGCGCCCACGGACGCGUGCCGGAUCUACGGCAGCCUCGAGGGCAACAAGGUGCAGGGGGACUUCCACAUCACGGCGCGCGGCCACGGGUACAUGGAGUUUGGCAUGCAGCAGCACCUCGACCACUCCACCUUCAACUUCUCCCACCACAUCAACGAACUCAGCUUCGGCCCCCACUACCCGGGCAUCCUCAACCCGUUGGACCGCACGGGCGACACGGCCGAGGUGCACUUCAUGCGGUACCAGUACUACCUGAGUGUGGUGCCCACGAUUUUCACAAAACGCCGGGUGAGCACCAAGAGUGGUAGCCUGGAUCCCGCGGCCAUCCCUCAACCCGUCACGCUCGACAUGAGCCCGGACCUGCCUGGCGGCAGGAAAAAGACGGCCACCGGCCCCGUCAAGCACAUGGUCAACCCGGAGAAAGGUCGCGACAAAAAGAGCGUCUUCACCAACCAGUACGCCGCCACGAGUCAGAGCCGCGAGGUCCCGGGCAACACCGUCCCCGGUCUCUUCUUCAAGUACGACAUCGAACCCAUCCUGUUGAUCGUCAGUGAGAGUCGGAGCGGCCUGCUCGGGUUGUUGGUGAGGCUAGUCAACGUCAUCAGCGGCGUCAUCGUCGGCGGAGGUUGGAUGUUCCAGCUGACCGAGUGGGCGACCGAGGUCUGGGGGAGACGUCGCCGAGGAAGGAGGAACACGGGCAUGAUCGGGGUGAUUAAUGGCGAUGUCAAUGGUGAUUUGGACCACAAGCUAUAAGGUCAUGCAUGAGAAAAGCAGGCCCAGCAUUAUGCCUAACGCAGUACAUCAAGAGCUAUCGUAAGCAGAUUAUCAGAUGAGAUGAGAGGGGGGGAAAGAUGAGCAGAAACAAUCAUGAAACUCCCCCUACCUACCCUACUUAAGAUAUCAUGUAUCCAAACUGAAAGAGAAGUCGACAUCAUUCCAUCGACCAGAC